CAACCUAUCUCGGCUCACCGUGCGACUGCUGGCCCUAAGCUUGAGCUCCUGGCCGACAAUUCACAACAUUUACCGUCAUGCCAAGGAGUCACUCAAGCAUUUCCAGGGCUCUGCAGGGUUUCGGAUCGUCUGUGCGAGCUUGCUUUCAGCUAUCCCCACUAGGCGUUCUGCAAGGCACGCCGUCCCAUCACCAUCGACAGCGCGCGUUGCCAAGCCAAGGAAGCUCCCUCCAGGGCCCGCUAGGGCUGAACACGCCGCGCUUCCAAGGGUGACAAGUCGUCUGCCUUAGCACGGCGCCGGUGAUGCCUCCGGCAAAUGAGUAACAUCUGAGAUGAAUGGAUCUUGCGGCUGGGCGAACCCCUGACAGCUAGCGUGAGAUCGACCCUGAAUCGUUCAAGUUUGUUCAAGGUUCCUCCACGGGGUACCAGACCAGCCACAGUCCAGGGGCCAUGGGGUCUGGACGGAGGAUAGACAGACCGAAACCAUGUAGUACG